CGUUUAAAUCGGUUUCGAUUUAUUUUGUCAAAACACCCACUAACUUUUUUAAUGCACAAAAAAUGAUUGAAUUUAAUUUAUUGUAAAUCUUUUAUUGUGGAAUAUUUCUUAUAAACCUAUCACGUGACUAGGCGAUCUCGAAAGCUAAUUUUGGCUUUUACCAGAGCCGCGACGCCCGACGAAGACGCCGUUUGCAUUUCAGUGUUUUAGUUUGUGAAAAUCACCCAUUACGUUCAUCCUGACUGUUUAUUGGCUUUUACAGCCGACCCCAGCUCUUAACGCAAUUAUUUAUGUCUAAAGAAAUCUCUGCAAAUGUAAAAUGAUCAAAGUAGAUGAAGAAGAGCCUGUUGGAGAAGUGCAGCUCAGUUUUCCAUAUCGAGAUGUUCAGAUAAAAAGAGGAUUAGAUCCGAAAGAUUUUUACGAUUUAGAAGAAGAGAUCGGAAGAGGAAAGUUCGGGACGGUUUACAAAUGCAGAGAAAAAACAUCGAAAUUGGCACUCGCUGCCAAGUUCGUUGGUUGCCCGAAAAAAGAAGAUCGGAGAAAUGUCGAGAGGGAAGUUGAAAUCAUGAGAUCACUACAGCAUCCGCGACUGUUGCAAAUAUUCGACGCCUUCGAAAACGGAAAGACGAUGUGCGUGAUUUUGGAACUAAUAGAAGGCGGAGAACUUUUCGAAAGAGUUAUUGACGAAAAUUUUAUUUUAACAGAGAAAGCCUGCACAGUAUUCAUGAGACAGAUUUGCGAAGGUAUAGGGUAUAUCCAUAAACAGGGUAUUCUCCAUUUAGAUAUGAAACCUGAAAACAUUUUAUGUCUGACGCAGACAGGAAAUCGCGUAAAAAUAAUAGAUUUUGGUUUGGCGAGAAAAUACGAUCCUUCGAAAAAGCUGCAAGUACUUUUUGGUACUCCUGAAUUUGUCGCCCCUGAAGUGGUAAAUUUUGACGACAUAGGCUACGGAACGGAUAUGUGGUCCGUUGGUGUUAUCUGCUACGUGCUUCUAUCUGGUUUGUCACCAUUUAUGGGUGCGACAGAUGUUGAAACAAUGGCCAACGUCACGAUAGCAAAGUACGAUUUUGAUGACGAUGCCUUCAAAGACAUUUCGGAAAAUGCGAAAGACUUUAUCACUAAGUUACUUCUAAAAGACAUAAAAAGUCGGAUGAUGUCGGAGGAUUGUCUUAAUCAUCCUUGGCUAAAAAAGAAAAGUCCGCCGAAGAUGCCGACAAACGAACGUAAAAAUAUUACAACCACAACGAAGAACAAUAACACCAGCAUGGAAACGACAAAAGAGAACCUAAAAAAUUUCGUAGAACGUUGGAACGAACAUCCGAACUCUCCAUACGUCUUCGAAAUGACACACCAAGUCAUAAUUCCACCGAUUUCCGGUUUACAGCAACGUUCUAACUCUUUGCAUUCACUUCAAGUUUGUUCCCCAUCAUCGUGUCAAUCUUUGACUUCGUCCGUGGCUUCGGAAGAUGGUUUCCUAGAUACGAGCGAUUCAAACUCCGUGGAGUAUCUUCCAGAUCAUUUGAGAAGAUCUUCAGACAGUUCGUUCUUCGUGAAAGGGUCAGACGUUGCAGAAAGAGCAAACUUGGCAGACGAAAUACGAAAAUUAACCGAUAAACUUUUCCAACUCUCCUCAAUGCCUGGUAUUACAAAUGGUACCAAUGGUACAGAAGAAAUUAACAUUAAGGAGGAAGAGAAAAAUGAAAGGAAUGCCAUUCAAAAGGGCCGUUUCACCGACAAAUUGUUCACCGAAUCGUCGACAACUCAUCCAAGUAGCGGAGUACCAUGGAGAAGGCAGAAGUUUAAAAUCAACAAUUUAAGUAGAGACGUCCCAUUGCAACCGAAAUAUAUUGCUUCGGCGAAGAAGAUUGAAGCAUUCUACUCCAACAUGAACGGCUCUCAGCAGCGAUCGAAUACAAUUAAUUUACAUGAGAAAUGUUUUGAGCAAUAUCCUCUCCAAAAUACCAAUUCGGUUAGAUGUAUGACCCAAAAAUUCGAAGAGAGCAAUUUGGAAUGUACUGCGAACGGCACGAAAGAUAUGUUACUGAAAUUGUUGGAGCAAUGGGAUGAAGGGAAGACAUCCCAUAAACCCCUUCUUUCCAGACACGGGUCUAUAGCUUCGGAAUGGCUAAGAAGGGAAUCCGUAGGGCAAAGAACAAUAAGUUCAUUGAACAGUUUCUUUCAAAUGAGAGCUACAACAAAAACCCAAAACGGUCAUGAUGGUAAUUAAUUAUCUAAUUGAAAAGACGGAAGCACUGAAGAUGUUACUAUUUGUUUAUUGUUUUGGAAAUUUUAUUUUCAUUUCAGUGGAUGUUUUUUUAUUUAUUUAUCAAAAAACGGGACCAUAAUCUUGAUAAGUGCGCUGUUUAAUAUUAAUUGACACAAUUCAUACUUAUAAUUUUAUUUUAUUUAUAUUUUUAUUUGUUAUGUUAUGUACUUAUUUAGUUGUUUAUUGUACGUUGAUGUAUUUAUAUAAUUGUUAAUCGGAAAUAUAUAUACUGUUUACGUUU